AUGAACAACGUCCAGAAAGGCGUCGCAGACGCCAGUGGAAACAUUAUCCUGGCUAGCUCAGCGCACAUUGAUCAGUGGGUCGCUGGUCCUACCUACAGUCCCAAGAGAGAGUUUUCUAUGGGCAAGUCAACUACCUAUACAAGGCAACCUUUCCUUUUGGAUCCUUCAGGGGGCACCAAUGUACCAUAUUUCGAAAGGGCGAAGCCGCAAUAUGAGGAUAGAUCAGUGGGUGACUUUGUCAAUAUCAAGAACUUUGGUGCUCGAGGCGACGGUGUUUCCGAUGACACAAGCGCAAUCCAAAGUGCGUUGAACGCAAAUGUUGGAAAGAUUAUCCAUGUCGACGCCGGUACCUACAUCAUCACUCGGACCGUUUUCGUCCCAAGUGGAACUAAACUCGUUGGCGAAACCUGGUCUCAAUUCGCUGCUUCGGGUUCAUUCUUUUCGGACGCCAAUAAUCCCAAGGUUAUGCUUUCAGUUGGAUCUCCCGGUCAAGUUGGCGACGUAGAGAUGCAAGAUCUGAUGUUCACGACCAAAGGGCCUACUCCAGGAGCAGUCUUAGUGGAGUGGAACAUGAAGGCGUCCAAACCAGGCGCUGCCGGUAUAUUGGAUUAUCACGCCCGCAUUGGAGGUGCAACAGGCACCUCGCUGAACCCAGCAGAGUGUCCGCCUAUUACAUCUGGAGUGAACCCGAAUUGCCAAGGUGCUUCAUUGAUGAUGCACGUUACUUCGAAAGCGUCAGGCUACUUCGAGAACAUGUGGCCUUGGGUUGCAGAUCACAUGAUCGAUGAUCCAGAUCUUGUCGAUGCCAACAAUACAAUGGUUCAGACAUCUGUCUAUGUUGCCCGCGGUCUUCUCAUCGAAAGUCAGGCACCAACAUGGCUGUACGGCACUGCUUCCGAGCACUCAGUGUACUACCAGUACAACUUCCACAAAGCCAAGAACAUAUUUGCUGGCAUGAUUCAGACUGAAUCGCCGUACUACCAGCCAAUACCAAAAGCACCAGCCCCAUUUGCAAAUGCCGUCGGAAAGUUUCCAGGAGAUCCUCAGUACAAAUGUUCCGGUGGGGAAUUCGAUGGCUGUGAUUCAUCCUGGGCUGUCAUCAUCCGCGAGAGUAGCGACAUCGUGAUCGGUGGGGCUGGCCUGUAUUCAUGGUUUUCAGCGUACUCCCAAGACUGCAUUGACGGACAAACUUGUCAAAAGGCACUCCUAUGGCUUGAGAAUAACGGACCCAACAUCCGCAUUCAACAUCUCAUCACGAUUGGGGCCAAGACACCCCCGCGGUCGCAGAUUACCAUCUACGAAGUGGCUAAAAACGAAAUUUAUUGGAUCAAUCCCAAGAUCUGGGAUAUGGACGAGCCUACGGUUUGGUGCGAGCACCCAUGUUUACUCAAACUGCCACCGUGGGAGAAGAGUACCACUCUGCUCAGCUACCCGGUCGUGACUGCCACGGGCCAGGGCUGGACAUCAACAAUCACACACCAGCCUGUUCUAGUCACUCAGUGGGUCAUGGAGGCACUUACUAUUGGAGACGCCGCAGCAAUGACGGCAAAAGCUCGCCGUGAUGAUGUCGUUACAUCCAUCAAGCCAACAUUCACAAGUACCCCGGUGUGGCCGCCUCUGGUAUUCCUGGGAGGAGAUGGGAAAGGUACAACAACAAGGCCAGAAACUCCGACACAUCCAGCGCCACCACAAUGGCCGUCAAAGGUGCUUGUUGUAAGGAAGGGUGCACCGUCACCCCUCGUUGGCCAGUGUAGCUUUUAUGAUCCAUCCUGUACGGGCCAGGGCUGGGACGGCCAGUGGCAAUUUGGCAGUAUGGAUGAUCCAUCCGAAGACCCAGAAAUAUCUCUAGAAGAUGAUCAUUUUGUCUGUCCAUCCCCACGAGAGACGGAAGACGAGCCGGAACCUACUGUCACAGUGAAGCCGGCGCCGCCGGUCAUCGUACUCAAAAUUGGCGACCCGCAACAGAACGUCCGAGAUUGCUACCAUGCCGGACAAUGGACAUCGCAUUCGCGAAUACAGGAUGCCGCUAAUCACCUUUGCAGGGCUAUCAAAGACGUGGGUUAUGUCGGUCCUGGCCAGGUCGUGAAGCGAAGAUUUUCUUACGCCUACGACUCUUCCGAACUAGGAGCAAUUGGCAUCGAUGCCUCUCUUGAGGUCAAGGACGGGUGCGAAUUCAAAUAUACAGACUUCGAAUGCGACCACUACACGAAGGUUCCGAUUGAUAGCUGUAACUGUGCUGGAACAGAUGGAAAGCAAGGGGGGACAGUGGAGAACAACUGCUACAAGUGGCGACUUGAUCCGGAGAAAGAGUCCUAGAUGUAGUGUCUUCUUGUACAAAUUGGAACCUUUUCCUAUGUCUUUUUUAUCGAAUACACCUAGAUAUUUUGAUUUGAAAGCUUCGAAUGAUUUAUUAAGACGAGAAGAUCACAUCUCAUCGACCUUACUUGAUAGCGCUACUAGUAUGCACGUCCUAUUAGUUUGCCAACUAUCAAGAUCUUCAUCGGCUGCUUGUAUCUAUAGUGAAGACAAUAGAUCAAAGCCAUUCAAGCUGUCUUCUAACUGCUUAGUAAAGUAUGAAGCUAUCCAAUUCUACAUUGCUAAAGAGCCAUGAAUCAGGGCCUCCUGUACUACUCAAUACAAGGCUCUACAUU